AUGUCUAGUACCAAGAGCGUCACAGACGCUGCAAACCCAGUAAAAUGGUACCGGUCAACUUUCUUCAACAUGACCAUUCUCGGACUUUGCAACUUUGCCGCGCCUGGCAUCUGGGGCGCCAUGAACUCUCUCGGAGCCGGCGGUGCGCAGAAGCCAUAUCUCGUCAACACGGCCAACGCCCUAACAUUCUGCUUGAUGGUUGUGUCUUGCCUAUUUUCCAGCGCGCUCGUCAAGCUCAUUGGAAUUAAAGGCGCGCUCAUCUUUGGAACGCUUGGUUAUGCUCCCUACGCAGCCGGCCUGUACACUAACAACCGCUUCGGGACAGAAUGGCUGGUGAUUCUUGGCGCCGCUCUCUGCGGUAUAUCAGCCGGUGUCUUCUGGAUGGCCGAGGCUGCUAUUGCCAUUGCCUAUCCGGAGCCGUGGAAUCGCGGGCGAGCGCUGGGAUACUGGCUUUCGUUUCGCGUAGGCGGGCAGAUCCUGGGUGGUGCAAUCAACCUCGGCCUCAAUGCAAGCAAUGACGAGGCGGGUAAGGUCUCAUAUACGGUCUAUCUUAUUUUCAUUGCCCUACAGUGCCUUGGUCCCGCUGCGGCACUGCUGCUCUCACGACCAGAACAUGUGCAGCGCAAGGAUGGCCGUACCGUCCAGCUAGCCAUCUUUGAUAAGCCGUGGAACGAAGCCAAGACUACAGUCAAGUUGUUUUUCACAAGGGAAUUUCUCUUGAUUGUGCCAUUUAUUGGUCAGGCGGUGUUUGCCGAAGCUGUUUUCAACACAUAUCUCGCGUUGUGGUUUUCGGUACGAGCGAGAGCACUCGGCUCUUUUGUUUCUGGAAUUGUUGCGGCACUGGUUGGUAAUCUUCUGGGUUACUGGCUUGAUCGACAGUCCAUUUCCUUACGGCUUCGAUCCCGAGCGGCCUUUUGGACAAUUGUUGUCCUUCAAGGCGCCUGGUGGACUUGGGCAACAGUCUUAGCUACUCGAUUCCAUCACUCGCAACCCACGUUUGAUUGGAGCAGCACCAGCUUUGGAUCAGCCUUUGCAGUAUACAUUUUGCUCUUGGCCGGUUUCCAGCUCAACUACCUCUUCUUGUACUUUGUCAUUCAAAACCUGGCAGCUACAGACGACCAAAUCAUCCGAUACUCGGCCCUGCUUCGAGGCACCGAGUCUGCGUGGCAAGCCGUCAGCUACGGUGUUUCGUCUGUAGAGAUCAUGGCACAGGUUGGAGGUAUCUACCUCAACUUUUCACUCUGGGCUGUCGCCAUUGUGCCUGCGUGGAUUGUAAUUCGGCAUAUUGGAAGCAAACUGCCGGUGGCGCAGGUAGAAGAUAGCACCGCCAGCGAGGUAGACCACAAGUAG